CGACUGGCAGCCUCGCCAUCGACUUCUGAUAAAAUAACUCCUGUCCAAAAGUGCUGCUCUACCAUUUUGUUCACCAUGAAUGCUACCAAGAGAAAAUUCAAUACCUUACUUAAUGGUAUAGGCAACAAAUCAACCACUUCCCUUGCAUCCACAAAGGAUGUAAACAAUGAUUUGACAUCUCCCAACAGCCCCGAUUCACAAUCCAAGAAGCGAAGGACUAGCAGUUCACAUUCAGAUGCCUUGUCCAAAGCCUUGCCCUCGACAAUCACCCCCGUCAAACCACAUGGAAAAUCUCUAGUCGCCAAACUUUCCUCAGGAACCGCCAUGUCGCAUAGGAAAUCUCUCUCCUCUACGACAGCUGCCUUGGAUACAUCCACUCCCAAGUAUGCGCCCUGGGAUCGGGGAGAGUUUCUCAAGCGCCUCAAGUCGUUUUCGAGUCUCGCAAAUUGGACACCCAAGCCGGCAAGAGUCAACGAGGUGGAAUGGGCGAAACGGGGAUGGAUCUGCCAAAAGUCUGAGCGAGUGCGAUGUUGCCUCUGCCAUGUGGAAAUACUUGUGGGGUUGAACAAGAAGGAGGUGGAUGGGAAGGAGGAGCCAGUAUACGUGGCGCAGAAUAUAGGUAGGUUCUACGGCGGUGUCCUGUCUUGAGUGGUUCACUGACAUGGUCUAGAAGACGCCCUUGUGGAUAAAUACGUCGAACUAAUAAUUACUUCGCAUGAUGAGGAUUGCCUGUGGAGACAGAGGGGAUGUGAUGGUCAGUAGUGUGCCUGUAUGCCACCUUUUACAGCAGUCCCUGACCAUUAUUUGCAGCUUCGAUAUUCAAACUACCUCUUACUCAUGCGCCAACUGCCCUCGAGACGCUCCGCGAACGAUACAAUCAAAUAAGCAGCAGAAAAGAUAGUCUACCAUAUAUGUUCAAUAUGAAAUCUCCUCCAGAAUUGGACCUAGAUCUUGUUUUGAGCUAUCUUCCCAGCAACUUCUUUGGUGAUUCGGGGGCUGGAGUAAAUCGAGUAGCGUUCACGAUGGCACUAUUCGGUUGGGAAGGACACGCGCACGAAAGAUUAGGUGACCAACCUGGUUCGGUUUCUUGUCACGCAUGUUUCCGAGUCCUUGGAUUAUGGUUAUUUAAAAGCAAAGAAGUUAACGCAGCUGGCGAGGAAACAGUUGGAGCAGUGGUAAACAAUCUCGAUCCAAUUACAGAACAUAGAGACUACUGUCCUUGGCGGAACUCGGCAUCACAGAACGGACUUAGGGCUUUGAAAACUGGCAGUACAGCUUUACCCGGAUGGGAAACGCUUAUGCGAGUACUGAAGAAUGAUUACUAUCUUCGAACGGGCAAGGAGAGGAUUAGCACACCAAAGAAAGGAACCGCAGCACCGGUCACUACGGAUGCUACAGGUGUUGAUGCUGAAGGUAACUUGGGCGAGGCCGAGGAUUCCAAGAGCAGAGAUGAAAAAGAUAAGGAGAGGUGGGCGAGGCUACGACGAGUGAAAAGUUUGUUUGAUACCAAAGCGGGAAAGAGGAAAUCGAUGUCAGAAAAGGGGAAGUAAUCACAUGGUUCUUACCUUGCAAAUAUGACCUUGGGAAUACAGACCCCAGGAAAGGAAAGGAUCGUUUGGUGUGUAAUCUGGGGUUUUUUGUACGAUUUGUAUGGGUUGGAGGGAAUAUGACAUAGUAGUCUAGAUUAAUGGAAGGUGGAAGUCUGGAGCGGAUGACAAAAGAAAGUUAUGGAUCCACCUACCGUUAAUAAAUGAGCAUUUAGCGAACCUUCCUAUUCAGGGAAACAUGGCUUCGCUGGGCUAAACAUGUCGUCAUAAAAUCGUACACAUUCAAUAUUGAUGUCUAAUGUCCCAGUUUGUAAUUUUGUUGACCGCAUUCCGCAUGGUUAACCAUUGUAUUGGAGUACUGUAGAAGAAGAGGAUUCCUAUUUAGGCUAUUUCUGGUAUCUGCGUAUUCUCAGGACAUCUUAAUAGUUGUCAGCCCGUAACCCGUUGAUAGAAAAGGCUUGGAAGGAUCGGACAUCAUCCCGCCCUCACAAUAAUAUUGUGUUUUCCAGGAAUGUUUCACAAGGUCUUUUAUGAGAUGGACGCAAUGCUUCUUGGCUCUUGUUUCGAGGAAGAUCACUUGUUUGGUACUUAGACAGUUUCAUUUUGAGACGAAAAUCCAUCAAGACACAUUAAAGACAUUGUUUUUGAUUUUGGAACUUGCUGUCUCAGAAUUAUACAGCAAAUGAAAGACAGAUAAUUGAUUCCCCGUAUCGGAUUUCUGCUGGAUCACAAAUACCAUGGGUACACAGGCAGGUUGGGGGCUUUCGAACCCCGCGUUCAACCCCCACACUGGAAAUGAAAGGAAAAUAUCGAUAGUUAGGUAGGCAGAUUUGCAUAGAGAAAUCAGAAAAAUAGAAGAAAAAUCGGAGCGUGUACAAAAGUUAUUUGUUAGCUAUGAAGUCGUGUAUACAGAGUUUUGUUAGAUGCGUUGAGCAUGGGCUAGCUAAUUGCGGUUGUGCUAUUUUAGUUGCCACAAGGAGUCCCCCGCGUUGACCUUAAGUGGUCGUCGCCUAGCCGACGCGUCAGACGGCAAAAAGGCGAUGUUUUGGCAGAAUAUCAUCAGCUCCAAUAGAAUUAUUCUACUGACGACAAAGUGAAGGAUUGUUUGAGAAAUUGACCCCAUGAAGUACUUGCCCCAUCUUCCUCAAAAAUCUAUUGGUUGCUGGCUAACACGUUGACCAAUAGAGGCUCUUCCGGUUUCGCCCCUCACAACAAUCUGGGCUCAACAGAGGCUCCGUCCUUCAGAUCGAGUUCACCAAACAAGAACAAAAGUAAACAACCAUACUUGAACCGACCCAGCACAACGUGGGAGUCGCCCAACCUCCCGUCUCUGCCACGAGAGACCCUCACUCCCGUGAAACCUUUCCGAAUACAAUCCCUCAGCGACAUUGGAGACUCCAGUUCGCUAUUUAGUACACCGGACGAGAAAUCUUUCCAGUUUACCAAAGGCACAUCUUGGGCUGAUUCCGAUUCUCCUGUUCCUUUUGUUUUUGGGGCCUACGACGAUAGCCCGGAAUCAAGUACGAACCACAAGAUGGUGAACGAACGAAACCCCGCAAAUGGGCAUCUCCAACCCCACGCACCAAACCAGCAAGCCCGGCAGAUGGCAGAUAAUACAUACAAGGCUCCUGCGUCGAGUGCUCAUCAGUUUGGGCAACCAAGUAUUCCAAAUUCGCCUCUCCAUAAACCUCAUGCGAGUCAAUCAAGCAUGUUUAUUCAACCAAAAUCUAGACCAGAACUCCACCGGGACAGCGACAAGCCAGGUAUGAUCAGAAUCAAGUCAUAAAUAAUAAUGCUAAUAGUUGUUUGACAGCACAUCCACAUUUCCAAGCCAUCAAAGAUGCUACCAAAGAUGUCGUAAGAAACGCAAUGCACCACGCUCAUAUCCCUCGGGCACCAGGUGCAUAUAACGCUCCAGUGGCUGCUCCCCCUCCUUCCGCUACAAUGUAUACCACGACCCAAGCCGCCCCAAAGCCGAGCUUUAGUUCUUUUGGAGGCACAUCUGGUUUCUCAUCUGCUAAUUAUGGCAAUAACUAUGUUGAUCUAACCUUGAGCAACCAUCGAGCUACAGAAGAUGACUACGACCCAUUUUCAUUCGUGGAUCCUGCCAAGGCACAAGCCGACCUCAAGGCCCUUUUUGAAGGAGUUAUGGAGGAUGACGAUGGUAAGCCAAGAACCAGAUUACGAAAGAAGAAGAAGGCUGCUGAAGUCGACAGCCUAACGGCAAAAAUUAAGGGCCUUGAUGUCGAGGACGAAGAAGAAAAGUUCGAAGUGGAAGAGGAGGAAGAUGACGGGACGGUAGAGGGCAUCAAAGUCAAAUUGCUACCUCAUCAGACAGAGGGUCUAGACUGGUUAAUUGCAAGAGAACUCGGAAGAAGCAAGAAGAAGGGAAAGGCACCCAAGGGUGGUAUUCUCGCCGAUGAUAUGGGUCUCGGAAAGACUUUACAGUCCAUUGCGCUUAUUAUCAGUAACCCCAAACCAACGGACGCUGCUGGAUUGGCAGAACGUAAAAUAAAUUCUGUUGUCGAUAAGUGCACACUUGUCGUCGCUCCACUGGCACUUAUUCGUCAAUGGGAGGCUGAGAUCAAGGACAAAGUUGAAUCCUCGCACUCACUCCGGGUCAUCGUUCAUCACGGGCCUCAGCGUACCAAGAAAUUCUCGGAUUUGAAAAAGUACGAUGUUGUCAUUACAACCUAUCAAAUUCUAGUGUCUGAGUUUAAUAAUUCUUCCGACCAAGAUGAUGGUCUAAAAACCGGCUGUUUUGGCUUACAUUGGUAUCGGGUCAUUCUUGAUGAAGCUCAUACCAUCAAGAAUCGCAAUGCCAAAGCAACCCAAGCAUGCUACGCCCUACGUAGUGAGUAUCGGUGGUGCUUGACCGGUACUCCAUUGCAAAACAAUUUGGAUGAGCUUCAAAGUUUGAUCAAGUUCUUGCGAAUCCCACCUUACGAUGAUCUUCGAGAGUUUAAGGAUCAAAUUGACAAACCCAUGAAGAACGGCAGAGGCGAUCUUGCAUUGAAGCGUCUUCGUGCAAUUCUCGUUACCUUCAUGUUACGUCGUACCAAAUCCAUCUUAAUGAAGGACGGUGCUUUGAACCCUGGUGGUAAACCAUCUGCUCCUGGGGCGGCCAGCACUACCGGAUUCAAGGUUACUGAGCGCAAGAUCGUGAAGAUCGCUGCAGAAUUCUCGCCAGAAGAAAGAAGAUUCUACGAGCGUCUUGAAGCUCGUACUGAUGCCAGUAUUGAGCAAAUGAUGAGUGGCGAGAAGGUCAAUUAUGCAAGUGCAUUGGUCAUGUUGUUGCGUCUCAGACAGGCGUGCAAUCAUCCUAAGCUCGUUGGAGGCAAUCUUGCAAAGGAUAGUGACGCACUCACAACCGAAUCUGCUGCACAAAAGUCCAAGUCGGCCAGCAAAGAAAUUGACGAGAUGGCCGAUAUGUUUGGCAACAUGGGAAUGGAAUCCAAGAAAUGCGAGGUCUGCCAAAUCGAACUCGGAAAGCAAGCCCUCCAAGAUGGAGCCAUCCGAUGUUUAGACUGUGAAGAGGAUCUUGAAGCUGUCACGAAGCCCAAAUCCCGAAAAGACAAGAAGGAGAAGAAGAAGAAGCACCACCGCAAAGAAAGAUCAGAAUCCCAGACUGUUUCCCGGAAGCCACGAAAUCGAAAUAUCGUAAUCGAUAGUGACGAUGAAGAAGAUGAAGAAGAGGCUAAUGGUAAAUGGCUUGUUCCUGAGGACCAACAUGGAUCGCUCAAACUUGGAAAGGCCGGUGGAACUGCCGAUGAGAAUGCAGAAGGUGGUGGUGAGUGGCUUGAUUCAGACGACGAUGACAGCUUUCCGGACCUCAAGCAGUUAGGAAAGGGGAAGCCAAAGGCCAAGGUCGAAGAUUCCGAGACUGAAUCGGGAUCUGGAUCGGAAGAAGAUGAGGAAUCAGACCAAACAUCAGAGACAGAUUCCGAUGAAGAAGUUGAAGACGAAUUUGGAACAGACGAAGAAGCCGAGCUCGCCACUAUUGUUACAUCGACAAAGAUUACUCACCUUAUUAAAAUUCUCGGCAAAGAGAUUACUGAACACAAAUUCAUCGUUUUCUCACAAUUUACGUCUAUGUUGGAUGUGAUUGAGCCGUUCUUACGCCAGAAGGGAUUCAAAUUCACGAGAUAUGAUGGAAAGAUGAAAAACGACCUCCGUGAGGCCAGUCUCGAGAGGCUUCGAAAUGACAAGAGUUGUAGAAUCUUGCUUUGCAGUCUCAAGUGUGGAUCCUUGGGGUUGAAUUUGACAGCAGCGACUCGAGUAGUCAUCCUUGAGCCUUUCUGGAACCCCGUAAGUUUUGAUGCCUCAAUUAGGUACAUCACGGCUAACAUGUUUUCAGUUUGUAGAAGAGCAAGCUAUCGAUCGAGUUCACAGAUUGACUCAAAAAACCGAUGUCAUUGUUUACAAGAUCACGGUCGAAGACUCGGUUGAAGAGCGUAUUCUCGAUCUCCAAGAGAAGAAGCGAGAACUCGCCAAGCAGACCAUCGAAGGUGGUGGUAAGGGGGGUGUUGGCAAGCUUGGUAUGAAGGAGAUUCUGUCUCUCUUCAAACGAGACGCUGAACACUCGCAUCCUGUUUCUCAUCACCCUGAUCUCUCCCAAAAGCCCCGAAUACUGAAGGAGAUGGGUCCUACAUCAAGCACGGAUGUUUCGCGUGAGCGCAAGCCAACUCCACCGAUGCGAUCAGGUACUGCAAAAGAAGAUACUGUUUAUGGUAGAAGGUGGUAGAGGAGUGGUUGGUCUGUGUAUAGAUUAAUGACCUGGAUAUUGUAGGCGUUUGGGAAAUGAUGUGGAGUGUUUAUAGACGCUGGCGUUAUUGAAAAGGAAA